AUGCCUGUUACGAACUUUUCCACGCCCGAGAAGUACUCUUACCUCAACGGCUUCGAUUCAUUCCAUGAAUCUGAAGCUAUCAAAGGAGCACUGCCAAUAGGCGCAAACUCACCUCAAAAGCCCCCCUACGGCCUCUACGCCGAGAAGCUCUCCGGCACAGCCUUCACAGCACCCCGCCAUGAGAACCGCCAAACAUGGCUGUACCGCAUCCUCCCCUCAGCCUCGCACUCAACCUACAAGCGCUUCACUGAUUCCUCAUCCCCAAUUCUCAAAGCAAAACUAAACUAUGAACCCCAGCAGCUCCGCUGGGACCCUUUCGACAUUGAUGAAAACGUCGAUUGGGUGUGCGGUCUGAAACUUGUCUCUGGAGCAGGUGAUCCCACUGUUAAAUCCGGUCUUGGAAUUUAUGUUUUUGCAGCGGGGAGGGAUAUGGAUGCUAACACAGCGAUGUAUUCGUCUGAUGGUGAGAUGCUUAUUGUUGCGCAGCAUGGGGUUUUGGAUAUUCAGACCGAGCUGGGACGAUUGCUUGUGAGACCUAAUGAGAUUGCGAUUAUUCCUAGGGGAGUUCGGUACAGGGUUACGCUGCCUGAGGGACCGGUGAGGGGGUAUAUUCUUGAGUUGUAUCAGGGUCAUUUCACACUGCCGGAAUUGGGACCUAUUGGAUCGAAUUGUCUGGCGAAUCCCAGGGAUUUUCAGAUCCCCGUUGCGGAUUUUGAUGAGGAUACGAAGAGUACCUGGACGAUUUUGAAUAAGUUCAACAAUGAGCUUUUUGUUGCUGAGCAGGGACAUACGCCUUUUGAUGUGGUGGCAUGGCAUGGAAAAUUAUCAUGGAGUAAUAGUAUGGUGCUGACAAUUACAGUCUACCCCUACAAAUACGACCUAGGCCGCUUCUCCGUAAUCGGCAGCACAUCCUUCGACCACCCCGACCCCUCCAUCUUCACCGUCCUAACCGGCCCCUCCGACCAUCCCGGCACCGCCAUCGCCGACUUUGUAAUCUUCCCCCCGCGCUGGCUCGUCCAAGAAGACACAUUCCGCCCCCCCUGGUACCACCGCAACACCAUGUCCGAAUUCAUGGGUCUUAUCUGCGGACAGUACGAUGCCAAAACUGGUGGUGGUUUUCAGCCUGCGGGUGCUAGUCUGCAUAACAUCAUGUCUGCUCAUGGGCCGGAUGCUGAUUCUUAUGAGAGGGCUAGUAAUGCGGAGUUGAAGCCUGUUAAGGUCGGGGAGGGGAGUAUGGCGUUUAUGUUUGAGAGUAGUUUGAUGUUGGGGAUUACGGAUUGGGGGUUAGAAACUUGUAAGAAAGUGCAGCCGGAUUAUAAUAAGCAUAGUUGGGAGGAGCUGAAGGUGCACUUUAAGAGGCCAUCGGAAUGA